CACCGUUCCAAAUUCAAGCAAAAACUCUGAAUUUGGCUAAAACCAAUACUAAACUUACUGAGCAAGACAAUGGCGACCAUCGUCAUGCCACUGCUUCACAUAUAUAAAUUUUCCUAAUUACUUGUUUUCUUGGGCUGUACGAGAGACUCCACCAUCUCAUUCACCGCCACCGCUGCAGAAACCCCUGACGUAGGGUUUCAUUCAUCUUCCCCUCCAUAUUUAGCCUAGAAGAAACCAAAAUUAAGUACUGCAAAAAAGUCGUAUUAUACAGCCUAGAUUUGUUCCUGUUUCUGAUAUAUAUCGAAUUACAUGGCGGAGGACCAAGCUCCGGCGGCGGGCGGCGGCGGCAAGGUUGCGCUGUUGGGGCACUCGGUGAUACCCAUAGUCAACAAGCUGCAGGACAUCAUAGCGCAUCUAGGGAGCCAGUCCGAUAUCAAGCUGCCGCAGGUGGCCGUCGUGGGCAGCCAGAGCAGCGGGAAAUCGAGCGUGCUGGAGGCGCUCGUGGGCCGAGACUUCCUGCCACGUGGCAGCGACAUCUGCACGCGCCGCCCGCUCGUGCUGCAGCUUGUGCAGACUAAGAGGAAGGCCAAUGGGGAGGAGGAGGAGGAGUGGGGGGAGUUCCUCCAUCUGCCGGAGAAGAAGUUCUUUGAUUUCAGUGAGAUUAGAAGGGAGAUUCAGGCUGAAACAGAUAGAGGGGCAGGAGGAAACAAAGGUGUUUCAGACAAAAAUAUACGUCUAAAGAUUUUCUCGCCCAAUGUUCUGGAUAUCACUCUUGUGGAUCUGCCUGGACUCACGAAAGUUCCUGUUGGUGAUCAGCCGUCUGAUAUUGAAAAUCGGAUUAGAACAAUGAUAAUGUCAUUCAUUAAGUGCCCAACUUCCCUGAUCCUGGCUGUGACACCAGCAAAUGCUGAUUUGGCAAACUCUGAUGCUCUUCAGAUGGCGGGAAUUGCUGAUCCUGACGGUCAUAGAACAAUUGGAGUAAUCACAAAGUUGGAUAUCAUGGAUAGAGGUACAGAUGCUCGCAACUUCUUGCUCGGGAAAGUAAUUCCUCUUCGGCUCGGCUACAUAGGUGUGGUGAAUCGUAGUCAAGAGGAUAUUCAACUGAACCGCAACAUCAAGGAUGCACUUAUAGCAGAGGAAAAAUUCUUCCGUAGCCGGCCAGUUUACAGUGAUCUUGCUGAUCGUUGUGGGGUGCGCCAGUUGGCCAAGAAGUUGAACCAGAUUCUGGUACAACAUAUUAAGACAGUUCUCCCUGGGUUGAAGUCACGAAUUAAUGCUGCGCUUGUCUCUGUUGCGAAGGAGCACGCAAGCUAUGGAGAAAUUGCUGAAUCAAAGGCUGGGCAGGGAGCACUUCUGCUUAACAUUCUAUCCAAAUACUCGGAAGCGCUCUCUUCAAUGAUUGAAGGAAAAUGUGAAGACACAUCAACAUCUGAGCUUUUUGGUGGCGCAAGAAUCCAGUACAUUUUCCAAAAUAUAUUUGUGAAAUGCUUGGAGGAUGUAGAUCCUUGUGAAGAUUUAACUGAUGAUGACAUUCGCACUGCCAUUUAUAAUGCUACUGGUCCUAGAUCUGCAUUAUUUGUGCCAGAAGUUCCUUUUGAAGUGUUGGUCAGAAGACAAAUAACACGUUUGUUGGAUCCAAGUCUUCAGUGUGCUAGGUUCAUCUAUGAUGAACUUAUCAAGAUGAGUCAUCGAUGUGUGGUAAAUGAGCUCCAACGUUUUCCAUUCUUGCGAAAAUACAUGGAUGACGUUGUUGGAAAUUUUAUGCGAGAAGGCCUUGAACCAUCACAGACAAUGAUAGGACAUAUUAUUGAAAUGGAGAUGGAUUACAUAAACACUUCCCAUCCAAAUUUCAUUGGUGGUAGUAAAGCUGUAGAGAUGGCAUUGCAAAUGGUCAAGUCAUCCAAGAUAAUAGUACCCAAUGGAAAACAAAAGGAAAUAGGAGAUUCGGAGAAAGCAGCAACUGACAGAAAUCUGAAGUCUCGGUCUAUAAUAGGACGGCAAGUGAAUGGAGUUGUUUCCGAGCAAGCUGUUCGACCUGCUGCAGAAUCUGAGAGAACUUCACCAAGUGCCAAAGAGAAAUCAACUAGCAAACCAUCUCAUGAACCUCUUCAUAUCAUGGAGCAGACCUCUUCAAUGAUUCAUUUAAGAGAGCCUCCUAGUGUACUGAGACCCACUGAAGCACAUUCAGAUCAAGAAGCCAUUGAGAUUACUGUUACGAAGUUGCUACUUAAGUCGUACUAUGAUAUCGUGCGCAAGAACAUUGAGGAUUCUGUCCCGAAAGCAAUAAUGCAUUUUCUGGUGAACCACAUCAAGCGGGAGCUCCAUAAUGUUUUCAUCCAGAAUCUUUACAGAGAGAACUUGUUCGAGGAAAUGUUGCAAGAACCGGAUGAGAUCUCCUCAAAGAGAAAGCGUACUCGAGAGACACUUCGGAUCCUGCAGCAGGCCUUUCGUACGCUGGACGAACUGCCGCUUGAAGCAGAAUCUGUGAACAGAGGAGGCUAUAGCUUGAGUGCCGACAAAACUGGCCUACCAAAGACUCACUCAAAGUCACGCAAGUCGAGCGAGUCACACUCAGUGUUUUAGGCUGAUAAUAGGAUUUUAGGGAAAUUUUGCAUUUAAUUCAAUGGCUACAAUAGAUGAAUCUUGGUUACUUCUGUUGAUAGCCAUUGUCUUUUGUUUCCCUGUUAGAUAUUUCUGAACAAACUUGCUUUAGUAUACUUACCUCAAUAUAUGUGGGUAGAUUUGGUUAUUUGUUUAUAUUUAUAAAAAUAAAAUAGGUCCUGCAAGAUUAAGAGGUAUCCCAAUCCUCCUUUUCUGUUAAAAAAAAAAAAAA